CAGUGUUCCAGAACGGAACAGUAGCUGCAUCUCUCUCCCUCUCUCUACUGAUUUCUGUGGGUUUUCCUAUAAUCUGAACAUCACAACGCUAGAAAAAUCUCCAUCCGUCUGAUCCACAUCAGACGGCUGAUAGGGCCCCUCCUAUCUCUCUCUCCUCCAUCUUCCCCUGCUCUCCACUCCCCUGGAGAGUGGAUUGGAGUUGGGGCAACUUGGCGCGCCCCCUCGCUCUCAACUCGCUCCUCUCCUCUGGUUCUCCGGCCUCUCGCUCGCCCCGCGCCUCCGCCUCAUCAUCAAGAUAAGGCUGCGGCAGGUGCAGGCCCAUGCUUCCAGAAGCUUCCGGAGCCUUGCGCCGAGCCUGAACUCCCCGGCGGCCCCUGCCACUGUGAAGGCUGCAUGAGUAGUCGCGCCGCCGCCGCCGCCACAACAGAGGAGCCAUGGGGAUGCUCGCCGCCGCCGCAGCAGACUCCGCUCUCCUCGCCUCGCCACAGGCGUCCCUCGUCCGCCGCCGCCGCCGCCUCUCUGGCGCGUGGGCGCUGCGCCUGAGGCCCGCUACCUCCCACGGCGUCGCGGCGCUCAGGGUACAAAGUUUUGUCCCGAAGUGUUACGUUACAAACGUUGAGGUUGAUGUUAGCACUGUAAAUAAAGAAGAAACUUUCGAUGAUCACCCAUCACUGCCAUCAGUAUGCUCCAUUCCGGUUGUCAAUCUUCGAGGAGAUGUUCUAGAUUCUAGUCCUUUUCCGCUGCAUGAUAGGGCUUCCUGUCCUUCUGAUUUUGAAGAGUUGCCGGUCUUGUCUGAAGGAGAGCAACAUACUUUGGCAUCCACUCCUGCUCAUCCUGCUGGACUAUAUGCUCUAUAUGCUAGUUACUUAUUUGGUAACUUGGUGGAACAACUGUGGAAUUUUGCUUGGCCUGCUGCACUGGCAAUUCUUCAUCCAAACCUAUUACCUGUGGCUAUUGUUGGUUUCUUCACAAAGCUUUCAGUGUUUGUUGGGGCUCCAAUAGUUGGCAAACUUAUGGACCAUUUCCCUCGAAUACCCAUGUACACAGCAUUGAAUGCUGUGCAGGUAGCCACUCAGUUGAUAUCAGCUGCAACUGUCAUCUAUGCUCUAAGAAACCUGAGCCAUGGUUCUACAACAGCUGUGGUUCUGAGACCUUGGUUCAUUGCGCUAGUGGCAGCUGGAGCUAUCGAAAGGCUUGCAGGAUUGGCGCUAGGAGUUUCCAUGGAGCGCGACUGGGUUGUGUUGUUAGCAGGAACAAACAGGCCUGUUGCGUUAGCUCAAGCUAAUGCUGUGCUCAAUCGACUUGAUCUAGUUUGUGAGACAGUUGGUGCUUCUGUUUUUGGCCUUCUUCUGUCCAGAUACCAUCCCGUGACCUGUUUGAAGAUUGCUUGUGGUCUAAUGAUAUGCAGUUUCCCUGUUCUGGUCAUGUUGGGUCAACUAAUUAAUAGAGUUUCAUGCCAUGCGCUUGAUUCCUCUAGAACCGCCACUGAUGAAUCUAUUUGUACUGAUCUUUUAGAUGUACGCAGGAUAGUUCAAAAUAGCUUGAGUGCUAUCAAACAUGGUUGGAAUGAGUAUAAGCAGCAAACAGUUCUACCUGCAAGUGCAGCGACCGUGUUCCUAAAUUUCAAUGUUGCACUUGCUCCAGGUGCCAUAAUGACUGCAUUAUUGAUGCAUCGUGGUAUCAGUCCAUCCAUUGUUGGUGCUUUCAGUGGAUUGUGCUCUAUCAUGGGCCUUGUUGCAACAUUCAUCUCCUCAAGCCUGGUGAAAAGAGUUGGAAUUCUAAAGGCGGGAGCUGCUGGAUUGAUAUUUCAAGCUUCACUCUUGUCAAUUGCGCUCACGGUGUAUUGGGCUGGUUCAAUUUCACAAAGGACACCUCUACUUAUAUUCCUAGCAUCCAUUGCAUUGUCUCGGUUGGGGCACAUGUCUUAUGAUGUUGUGGGGACUCAAAUCGUCCAGACAGGUGUUCCUGCUUCAAAAGCAAAUCUAAUUGGAGGAAUGGAGGUUUCAAUUGCAAGCCUUGCAGAGUUAGUCAUGCUUGCUAUGGCUAUAAUUGCGAACGAUGUCUCCCAUUUUGGCUUCUUGGCGAUUCUGUCUGUGUCAUCAGUCGCUGGGGCAGCAUGGAUGUUCUGUCGGUGGUUAACAAAUCCAACAGAUGAGCAGAGGGAACUAUUCAUGUUUGAUCCCCUUUAUCAAGUUCAGGCAGUAUAGUAGAUGAGGCAGGAUGUUCCCCAACACAGCCAGGAAAACUGCAGGCGCCUACUUGGCUGGUGGUGCUUGUUGGAUCUGCAAUACCCUUAUGAUGAUAUUAAGUUAUGUUGUGACAUUUAGGUUCAAUACAAGGUACACUUAGGAUAGAAGCAUUUGCUCAAUACAAGAUACACUUAGGAUAGAAGCAUUUGCUCCUCUUAGUCUCUCUCUCUUUUUUUAACGUAAUGGCAGGAGCUCUGCUCCUCUUAGUCUCAGCCAUGCGCAGAAUUCAAUUUGUAUACUCAUUGAUCUCCCCACCUGUAUAGCACAUAUUUGAUCUGUUUAAUCGUUGCUUGUUAUAGUUAUAGCUGAUGUAGAACAACAUUAACAGCCAACAGUAGCACGAAGUUAAUAAAAUCUAACCCCCUCAGCUGUCCUCUCUGA